GAUUUGUAACGAAAAUGGCUACCGCUCGUUUUCGAGACAAUUCCCAAAUUACCUGACGGAUUUCAGACUUACUAACUGCUAAAGAUGAUGUCUGUCGGCGGCAGUCGCAAGCAAAAAGAUUCUGCGAUUGAACUUGAACUGUACUUUCUGAUUGAGAGAUUUCUGUCGACUGGACCAUGUAAGAGUGCCGCUACUGUGUUACGCAGAGAAUUGGAUGAACAUGGGCUUCUACCCAAAAGAAUUGACUGGGAAGGUGGAGAACACGAAAGAAGUUUUGAAAGUUUGCUUGAGCUGAAUAGACACAUCGGGUGCGACCAUCUUCUUAAAAUAUGUCAGCGCCUUGGUCCAUUAAUGGACGAGAAAGUCCGACCCAACAUCAUGGGAGUGAAAUCAUUGCUAGGGGCAGGCUCCCAAUCCUUGUUACGGACACAGCGCGAUAUGAAGAAGUUGUCAUGGCAACCACAAGCUCACCUAGCACUCCAACAUGGUCGUGCAGCAUUACCACCUGUUAACCUCGUACCACCAAAAUGGCAAUAUAUACAUCGUAGUAGAGAGCUUACUAGCCAGACAUCUCUGAAGCAUGUGAUACCAAUAUCCAUGUAUACUCGUAUACAGCAGCACAGUCGCAAGCUAGGUCAUCUGUCAGCUGUAUAUUGUGCAUUGUUUGACAAGACUGGAAAGUAUAUCUUCACUGCAGCAGACGACGCCCUAGUGAAGAUCUGGUGGGUAUUUGAUAGUCGACUUAAAGCAACAUUGAGAGGUCAUGCAGGGGAGAUAACUGACAUGGCCAUUAAUUAUGAGAACACUCUCCUGGCCUCUGGUAGCUGUGAUAAAACUGUACGAGUUUGGUGUUUGAAAUCCUGCGCUCCUGCAGCUGUUUUACAAGGUCAUACAGGAAUGAUUACAUCAUUACAGUUUUCUCCAAUGGUAAAAGGCAAUAGACGUUACCUUGCUUCAACAGGAGGUGAUGCUUGCGUCUGCUUCUGGGAAUGGAAUGUCACGGAUAACUCUUUCAAUUCUAAACCAGUGAAGUAUAUAGAGAAAUCUCGUGCUGGUGCUCAGGUACUGUGCUCGUCAUUCAGUCCUGGUGGAAUGUUCUUUGCCGCAGGAAGUACAGAUAAUGUGAUACGCAUGUACCAUUUUCAUACGGGGUACCCAGAAAAGAUAGGAGAACUUGAAAAACAUACAGACCGUGUGGACAGCAUUGGCUAUGCUAAUAAUGAUAACAGAUUUUUGAGUGGGAGUAAAGAUGGAACAGCCUGUAUCUGGAAGUUUGAACGGAACGAGUGGAGAAGUCUAGUCCUUGAUAUGACUCUGGAGGCACCAAAAAGAGAAAAUGACAGUGAUGAUGACGAAGAAGAGAAAAAGAAGAUGAAAAGUAGAAACCGCAAUGACGACGAGGAUGAGGAUAAUAAGUCACAAAAAUUGAAGGUCACUAUGGUCGGCUGGAAUAUUGACGAUACCCUUGUAAUGACAGCGAUCAACGAUCAUUCACUCAAAGUCUGGUGCUCCUUCACUGGCAAACUGCUGUAUCGAUUGAGGGGGCAUAAUGAGGAAGUGUUUGUAUUAGAGCCUAGCCCGAUAGAUCCUAGAAUCAUGAUGAGUGCUGGACACGAUGGUAACAUCUUUAUCUGGGAUAUUAUAAAAGGACGUCAGGUUAAAAGAUUUUUCAACAGGAUUGAAGGUCAAGGUCAUGGUGCUGUAUUUGAUUGCAAAUUCUCGCCAGAUGGUACGAUGUUUACGGCAACAGAUUCCCAUGGACAAAUGAUGAUCUAUGGGUAUGGGGAGAAUGAGAGAUGUAAUGAGCUUCCAGAUCAGCUGUUUUUCCAUACAGACUACCGUCCACUCAUAAGAGACUCCAACAAUUAUGUCCUGGAUGAACAGACGCAGCAGGCACCACACUUGAUGCCAUCACCAUUCCUGGUGGACAUUGAUGGCAACCCAUACCCACCUGACAUACAGAGGCUUGUACCGGGUAGAGAACACUGUAGGGAUGAUCAGCUUAUACCAGAGGUAGCUGUCAAUGAAGAAGGUGAACAAGAGGUAAUGGGUGAUCGUGUACAAGAGCCACCAGAAGACCAUGCCCCUGCAGCAGAUGUUAGAAAUGAACUGGAACCUGGUCCCAGUGCUGAGCUGGGUACUAGUGGUGAGGUACAGCCUAAUAUCCGCGCCAGUAUAGACCAGAUGAUCGAACAGCUGGCAAGAGAGCAGGAUCAGAGACGAGCUGCUCGUGGAGAGCAACCCCUGGGGUCACCACCACCACAGAUGAGGUCACCUAGGGCUGGACCCUCUAGAUUGAAUUCAGUUGCAGGUACAAGUGGCUCGCACAUGGUUGGUAUGAGAAGAGUUGGUGAGACAGAAGGGGUACGUCAGUCGCUUGGCAACAUACUACAGGUGUCUACAUCUAAAGACCUAGUAGCAUUGAGUAGAAGAAUGGUCAUUAAAGGAAUGGAUCCUGCUGUUCUCAAGAAAAGUGAGGAUAAUAGAAUAGCACAUGCUGAUAUGGAGGUGCGACAGUACAUCCUGGAGAAACGAAAGAAGAACCUGGUAGUUAGACGAGACAGCUCUGAUGAGCCCAGUGAUACGGGAAUUCAGACUCGUAAGAAAAAAAAGAGAUCUACAAAGCACGGAUAUUCCACACGUGCCGGAGCGGAUAAUGAAGAUGCUGUGACCAACCGUCUGACAAGGCGUGCUCUCUAUGACACUGAUGAAGAGGUUGAGGAGGAAUUAGGCUCUGACAUAUGGGAGGAGGAUGACACUUACCUUGACGUUGAUGAUUCCAGCGAAUACUCUGACUGGUGUGUGGAGACAAGCAUUAAUCUUGAACCGCCAAAGAGGAAAUCCACACGUGCGAGAAAACGUAAGCGAUACACAUCGUCAGAAAGUUCGGAAGAGGAAGAGCCAACGCCUCGAGGAAGCCGAGAACAGACACCAGGUAGUCGGGAGGGAAGUCAGUCCAGAGGCAAGGCACCAAAAAAACAAGAUAAACAAGCCACAAAGAAAGUUAAGCGAAAACGAGGAGGAAAGCAGAAGCAGACGGCACAUGAAGCAGCUGCAUUGCCGGGAAAGUCGCCAGAAGAGAUUCAAGAACUGCUAAGAAUAUUUCGGCCUCCUGAUUGGCUGACUGAUGUUGUUCCACGUAAACAGCCAUACUUUCCACAAAUGGGUGAUGAAGUCAUGUAUUUUCGUCAAGGUCAUGAGUUCUACGUGAAGGAGGUUGUAAGACGGAAAGUUUAUCAUUUAGACCCAAACAAAAACCAGGCUUGGCACAAAUAUCCUAGACUCAGGGAGCAGGAGUUGGUUCGGAUAGUUGGUAUCCGGUACGAGAUGCUCAAAUGUGGCGUCCGGCUGUGUUGUCUGAAGCUGAACUAUAUUGACCCAUCUACCCUGAAAAAUUCAGGUGGUUCUUUCAGUAUCAGAUACCAUGACAUGCCAGAUGUUGUGGAUUUUCUAGUGCUCAAACAGAACUAUGACAUUGCAAUGUCCAGAAACUGGAAGCCAGGUGAUAGAUUUCGGUCUGUAAUAGAUGACUCCUGGUGGAUAGGGGUUAUAGAGGCUCAAGUUCCACACCAGAAAGAAUAUCCAGACUGUAUGUUCCAGUGCUUCAAAGUCAGAUGGGACAAUUCUGAGAAGGAAAACCUGAGUCCCUGGGACAUGGAACCUUUCUCAGAUGGCUGGCUCAAAACUGUAGAGUUAAAUCCAGACUCUAUGCAUGCCAAAAUUAGGGAUUUCAUUGCGGAUUGUAAGGCACUGUUUAAUCACCACACGGAAAAGAAAACUGGUAUCUCUGACCUUUAUAAGGAGGUCAAUGUCAAAGUUUGCUGCGACCUCAAGGUCAAAAAGAGAAUUAAAGUCGGUCUUACACGACUUACCAGUCGGGAAACUUGUACUCCAAAAACUAUUGGAAAACCACGAGAGUUGAAUGGCAGUAUCAAGAUAACUGCAGAGGAGCGCAAGUCUUUUAUGUACAAGCCAAAAUCUGGCGAAUGGCCAGGUGGUGAUAUAGAAGAAGAGUGUGAUAGGAUAGUCCAUGGAUGGGAUCAGGUGAUGGAACAUUCCAUAGCAGAACCAUUUCUCACCCCUGUGGACAUCAAUGUGUUCCCUAGUUAUGCUAUGUCUAUAGAGUACCCCAUGGAUCUGAACACCAUCAAAAGACGUCUUGAGAACAGAUUCUAUAGGAGAGUGACUGCUUUGCAGUUUGACCUUAGAUACAUAGAAUCGAAUGCAAAGAAGUUCAACGAACCCAGGUCACAGAUUGUUAAAAGUGCUCAAAUAUUGUGUGACGCCUUGCUCACAUUUAUAGGGGACAGGAAUAGUACUGAUGCAUGUCGGCUGAUCAACAAAAUGGUGCAUGGUCGUAACAUUCAACUGAGCUCGGACUCCGAGGACAGUGGUGAGGAGACAGAAGAUUACGAUACGCCCGGUACCUCUGCUGGCAAGAAAAAAUCGAAUGAGGCAUCUGCUGGUUCCUCUAAUCAGACCAGGAAGCACAGACUGUCAGUUAUGGGUUUGAAUCCAGAUGGUUGGAAAGUUGAGUGUAAGCAACUGCUUGAGACCAUUGUCCAGUGUGAGGACUCGGAACCAUUCCGACUACCUGUAGAUAUUAAUUCCUACCAAGACUACUACAAUGUGAUUGAAUUUCCAAUGGAUCUUAGCAUCGUCAGAGAAAAUCUGGAAAACGGUAAUUACAAAUCCCCGCAGCUGUUUGCGAAAGAUAUGUCGCUGAUCUUCUCCAACUCAAAGACCUACAAUACCAACAAAAGAGCCAAGAGAAUGACCAAAUUCAGGAAAGGGGCUCAGCAAGGGAUUUAUACGAUGACUUUACGUCUGUCGGCCAUGUUUGAAUCUCGCAUGAAAGAAAUCAUGACUACGUGGAGGAAAGCAGUCCGACGUCAGGGCAAGCAGAUUCCUAACCAUACGAGACCCAGAUAUGAGGAAGCGGCGAGCUCUGCCAGUAUUGCUGUCAGGAAUCGCCCCACACAUCGUGUCUCUAGAACAACACGUCCAGGAACCUCGGGAAUCACAAAUGGAAGGUCACAGAGUACAACAGAUGAUGAUACCGAUGUUGAUGUAGCAGGCUCACCAAGAUCAAAGGGCAACUUUACGAGGACUCGUCCAAUCAGAGAACGUCGCACCAUCCAGAUGACCACUGGUUACAAUGAUAGUGAUCUAGAAAACCAGGAAUUCCCGGAACCAAAGCCAGACUAUUCCGAUGAUGAUUUUGAACUGCAGCCACGUAAAUCUCCGAGGAAGAAAGGUACAGGCAAGAAAACUCUAACAAAUGGAUCCUCUCAGGAGGAUGCUAACCAGAGGUACUCGACACGUGCAAGAACGGGAACCAUUAAAAUGAGAAAGUAUACAAACAAAGGUUUCUUUACUGACGAAGAUGAUAACGAAAAUGUGAUAAACAAAACUUCUGCAAAUAGUGCUAAACGAUCUCAAAAUGGUGGUGCAAGAUCAGCUAGUCUCAUGCACAAAAGUCAUGGGCGCGAAGCUGAAAUUGAAGAAAGCAGUGAUAGUGACACUGAGGUCGAAUCUCAGAGAAAAAGGGUAAAAAGAGGUAGAAAACCUGCUAGAAAGAGACGGAAAGUUCGUGCUAAUACUGAUUCAGAAUCCAAGACUGAAAAUGAUUCUGAAGAAGAUGAUUCAAGUUCAGACGAUUCUGCAACGGAAGACUUAGAAUCAGAUUUAGAACAUCAUAGUCCUGUGACAAGGUUAAGGUCAUCUCAGGGAUCUCAGAGUUCAAAGGGUCGUGAUAGUGAGAGUGACUCUGGCCCACCAGGUAGACUCUCGCGAUAUGAGAAUUCCAGCCAUGCAUCCCAGCAUACUUUUUCAGGGUCAAGACAGGGUAGACGCACGAGGAAUCAGGGAAAAUCGACAAUUAAAUACACGGAAGAUAGUGACAAUACAGACAGUGAUGAUGCGGCUCCAGUUACAGUAAGCAUGCGGGGUCGUGUUCGGCGGCCUACAGCAAGAGCUAGGGCUAUGUGGGAAUAGUGUAUAGAAAUACCAAUGAGUAUGAAAUACCUCAAAUUAUGAAAUUAUGUAAACCAAAUGACUUGCAUUCUCAGAAACUGUUUUUGUGAUACUUUUAUGUUUUUUCUUUCAUAUUUGAAGAAAAUAACUUCAAAAAAAAAUUAUCAGUAACAAGAUACGAUAAGUGAAAGUGAAGUAAUGAAGAGCUAAACUUUUUCUAGUUUGCCAUUUAAAGAUGUGUUCAGUUUUAUAUAGAUUUUUUUUUCAUUUGUUCUCAAGAUUUGUGUCCUUUUUGAUGUCCCCAACCUUUUUCAAAGAAAAACAAGGGGACAUAGAAAUGAGCUGCAUUUGUCCAUCCUUCCUUUCAUCUGUCUGUCUGUCACACCUAGUGUCUGGUUUAUAACUCUGCCAUCUAUUAAGAGAUUUUAAAAUCACAUGUUACAAAUGUUUCCCAUAUUUGGAUGAUGAGCCAUGUGCAUGGUCCAGACCCCUAGCUCUUAAGGUCAAGGUCACACGUGGAAGUCAGAGGUUAACAGGGCCUGUUACAUGUCCAGUCAGUAACCCUGCCAUUGGUCAAUGUAUUCUGAUAUUACUUAGUACAGGUGUUCUGCACGUUAAAAUUGCAUGUCAUAUGCAAGACCUAGAUCCUUAUACAAGUUAUAGUAAUAUGUGAAGAUAAUAAUUAUGUUUUGUGAAAAAUAUCCAUAGGCAGGGGAUGUUGGUAACUCUGUUACGAUUUCUUGUCUUGUUUACAAUGUUUUUGAAAUCUUUUUGUCCCCUGUAAAUGUUGUGUACAUUUUUUUUUUUUUUUUUUUUUUAAAGAUGACUAAUCGGCGAAAAUAUUUCAAUAUUGAGUUCAACUUCUAGUCAAGUACAUUUGUUUCAGUUGUUGGGUGUGAUUUUUUUCUCCAAACUGCAAGGGUAAAAUUUACCAUUACUUUUCUCAUGAACGGAUUAUUGCAGCUCUUAGAAUUUGCUUAAAUUUUACUGAUUACAUUAAAAUUUUGUAUCACACUGUAAAAUAAGAAUUAUUCGUGAGGAAUUAGUUUUCACUGGAGGAGCAUUAUUGAAUACUUCAUAAAAAGUGACCAUCACAAUAACUUGACUUUACCUCUAAUUACCAUUUUGAAAAAAAAAUAUGGCAAAAACAAAUAUUAAACUGCGCAUUAUUAGACUGUUUCCAAAUUUGUUUAUAUGGGAGGUUGUAUUUAUCAGUGUUUGUCCAUGCAGAAUGCCACGAUGAUAUUGACUGGCUCUAAGUAGAAGUUAGGCAAGGGAAGUAUUUCUUCCCUUUUCAUGUUUUAAGGCGACAGAUCGAGAUUUUAAGACCAUAUUAAACAAGUAUUGAUAUUCUGUUUUCAACAAUUGUAUGACUUUUUUUUUUCAUCAGUCCCUGAUACAUGAUUUUUAAUUGAAUUUCUCAUAGUUACAAUUAUUCAUAGUUUUAUUUUCAGGGUUUGCUAUUAGUUGCCACAAUGUCGGUUUGUCUUUACAUCUGUCUGUCAGAUCUUUGUCUAGAUAAUUCCACAUACAGUUUUCAAAGUAUUUGGCCCAAACUUACAGAAAUUAAUGUAUAACUAUGAAGUGAAUUUGUGCAUAUUUUCAAGACAUGAAUAUACCAUACCCAGUUAAGGAUUUAUGGCCGUGUGAUAUUUUACAAAAUGUUGUAUAUUGGGCAAUACUGAUAAAGUCCUUUUUAGCUCAUCUGAUUUUUUGAAAAAAAAUGAGUUAUUGUCAUCACUUGAGCGGUUGUCGGCGUCGGCGUCUGCGUCGGCGUUGCCUGGUUAAGUUUUAUGUUUAGGUCAGCUUUUCUCCUAAACUAUCAAAGCUAUUGCUUUGAAACUUGGAACACUUGUUCACCAUCAUAAGCUGACCCUGUAAAGCAAGAAACAUAACUCCAUCUUGCUUUUUGCCUGAUUUAUGGCCCCUUUUGUACUUAGAAAAUAUCAGAUUUCUUGGUUAAGUUUUAUGUUUAGGUCAACUUUUCUCCUAAGCUAACAAAGCUAUUGCUUUGAAACUUGGAAUACUUGUUCACCAUCAUAAGCAGACCCUGUACAUCAAGAAACAUAACUCCAUCUUGCUUUUUGCAAGAAUUAUUGCCCCUUUUGGACUUAGAAAAUCAGUUUUCUUGGUUAAGUUUUAUGUUUAGGUCAGCUUUUAUCCUAAACUAUCAAAGCUAUUCCUUUAAAACUUGCAACACUUGUUCACCAUCAUAAGCUGACCCUGUACAGCAAUAAACAUAACUCCAUCCUGCUUUUUGCAAGAUUUAUGGCCCCUUUUGGACUUAGAAAAUAUCAGAUUUCUUGGUUAAGUUUUAUGUUUAGGUCAACUUUUUCUCUUAAACUAUCAAAGCUAUUGCUUUAAAACUUGCAACUCUUGUUCACCAUCAUAAGCUGACCCUGUACAGCAAGCAACAUAACUCCAUCCUGCUUUUUGCAAUAAUUAUUGCCCCUUUUGGACUUAGAAAAAUCAUUUUCUUGGUUGAAUAUUAUGUUUAAGUCAACUUUUCUCAUAAACUUUCAAAGCUAUUGCUUUAAAACUUGCAACAGUUUUUCACCAUCAUAAGUGGACACUGUACAUCAAGAAACAUAACUCUAUCCUGCUUUUUGCAAGAGUGAUGGCCCUUUUUAGACUUAGAAAAUCAUGGGUAGGACAAUAUUUCUAUUAUACAAAAAAAAUCAGAUGAGAGUCAGCACCUGCAAGGCGGUGCUCUUGUUCUGGAUUUAGAACUCCUCAUACAGUUUUCAAAGGAUCUGACCCAAACUUACAGAACUAUUAUACAAUGAAGAGAACUUGCGUAUAUUGUCAGAUACAUGAAUCAUGUCUAUUUCAAGAAAUGUGGCCCUUAAAUUUUUUUCUAUAAAAUUCUUUUCUUUUUUUUUGCUAUACGUAUAACUCGUCCCAACCCACCAUAUUUGCCGAAAAAAAGGUUUUCCCCACAUUGUCUGGUUAAAGUGAAAAUCAUACAUAUUCUACCCUAUACCUCUGUAUAAAUACCUCUCCCCACAAAAAUUAACACCCCUCUGCUAUUUACCAAAAGAAAUAUUAUUUUAUUUUGUUUUAUAGUUUGUUAAUAUUUUUUUUUCAAAAUUAAAAAGGCAAUAGAAUUGAAGUUGGAAAUUGAAUAAAACUAUGUAUAUGAGCAGUGCCAUGGGAAAACCAACAUAGUGGCUUUGCGACCAGCAUGGAUCCAGACCAGCCUGCGCAUCUGCGCAGUCUGGUCAGGAUCAGGAUCCAUGCUGUAUUCGCUUUCAAAGCCUACUGGAAUUAGAGAAACUGUUAGCGAACAGCAUGGAUCCUGACCAGACUGCGCGGAUGCGCAGGCUGGUCUGGAUCCAUGCUGGUCGCAAAGCCAUUAUGUUGGUUUUCUCAUGCUGCGGCUCAUAUUAUGAUAGAUGCUAUGAUACAUUUAAAACCGUAAGUAUCGGCACCGGUUGCCAAAGUAUAACCCCUUACAUUGUUUGUUGGUUAAUUUUGCGUUUAUUUCCUGUUUCCAGAAUUAUGCUUUUGGAGCAUACAUCAGUUUACUGAUGGCUCUUGUCUUUCUCAUCCCCGUUUUUUAUAAAAAAGAAAAUAAUGGUAUAUCAGAAAAGGCUUCUUGGACAAAACUUUUUUUUCUCAUGUAUUUGAUGUUUCUUUUUGACACAACAUUUGAAAUAAAGACUUUGAAAUGCAUAAUUUUUGUUUAAAGUGUUUUGUUAAAGAUGUUUUACAAAAUGAUGAAUAUACUUUUGUAUAAAUACAAA